GGCCAAUUGUGCUCCGCCCCAUGGGUCUCCCGGUCGCAGCCGAAUGCGACAGACCCUGGACUCGAACCUAGACUCUCUAGUGGCACAGCUUGCACUGCGCCACGCGGGAGUCCGAUUUUGGCCUAACUUGCACGUAUAUCUGAGGCUUGGUCUCUAUUCAGACCAUAAGCAGUUUUCAAUGUAAUAACCUAUCGAAGUACACAACACGCUUGUGCUUGCAUUAGAGGGUGCGUGCUUUGAGCUGCGCAGAGGCACGCACAGAAGAAACGGGCGCGGCUUUCGUGAAGGGAGGGGAAUAGUUACGUAACUAAUGACGUCAGGUGAGCCAGGAGAUUCGUCAUUUAAACCCAGGCGGGAAAGUAGAAGUCUACAUUGAAAGUGUACGUCCCGUUUUGUUUCAGGUUGUGGGGUAAAAACAAAGUUUAACAUGGUGAGGACGAAGGCAGACAGUGUCCCCGGAACUUACAGGAAAGCUGUGGCUGCAUCUGCACCCAGGAAGUCAUUGGGUGCCUCGAGUUCUGCAAAUGCGUCAAGCGGCUCUCAAGCUGGCACGCCUGGUGAGUCGAAGAGUAAAUUUGCUGGCGGGAAUCCUGUGUGUCCUCGGCCCACCCCAACUUGGCAAAAAGGCAUUGGGGAUUUCUUUGGUGGGCCCUGCAGGGAGCCUGAGAAAGAGAACCAGCUCCCCCAGUCAGAUGAUGAAGAGGCUGGAGGCAGUGGAGUGUCCAAGGCAUCCAAGAAAUCCAGACCACUGCCUGCUGAAGAUGAGGAUGCUGAUGAAUGAGCUUUGCCAAUUGUGUCCCAAUUAAAAAGCCAUUGCGCCUAGUACUUGAAUGGGCUGGCAGAUUUUGUAUAUAUAAUUGAUGAAUUCAUGGUUUUUGUACAGGAGUUUAAUAAACCUUUUUUUGUA